AUGUUGACAGCCAAGUUCUCCCAACCCUUUGUUCAAUGCCUUUUUGGAUGUCAAUAUCAUGGGGCAUCUCCUACUGAGCAAAGGGCAACCAUCAUAAAUUUCUUCCAAGCUCUCCUGCAGAGCUCUGCUGCCCAUGUGGAGAUCCUCGAGUCUGAAGAUGGUACGAGGCCUGGCUUUAUGAGCAAGCUUUUCCUCGCAUACUGGCGACAGGAAACCGACUACCAAAGCUGGUGGAGCAGCGAGCCCGUCACGCAGUUUUGGCACUCGCUGCCCGACGACGCUGGAUUCUGGCGUGAGAAAUUGACGUUGAGGCCCUCGAGGGUCCUUUACGAGACAAACAAGCAUAUACCGACAGGCUUUGCAAAUGUUGCACAGAUAAAGCCCUUGGUGGAAAAGACUGGCUACUGGGGUUCUUACCGUGACCGCAUCGAAGAUUCCACACCGGAAGAUAAGCUCGAAAGCAAGAUACAGCUUGCAGCACCUCCAUCCUCAGACGAUGAAAUCCGGCUUGGUCGCACGACCAUCAAACAUUUUCCAGACAAUAUUUGCUUCGUUGUCGAGGGACAGGACCGAGGCUCGAUGGAGCAUGACGAAAAGCAUUACUGGACUGAGAACUUUCAGGAUAUUUCGGAAGAAUGGAUCCUCACGGCUAUUCAUGGAGGUCAUGAGGAUGGAAUCAUAUCAGCCCGUCUCUGCCAAGGUACCGACAGCGGCCUGUUCAAGCCGGAAACCGACAAGACCAAUGCGCUGUCGUACAACCGUACAGUCCAGGUUUUUUAUUUCACAGACAUGUCUUGGAUGGAGCGUAUCGGAAGGAAGUACAAAUCACACGUUACUCUGCGCCGCAGGUUCAUGGAAGCAUAUGGACCAGGCGGCGUGAUGGAGAACGGGAACAUUCUCCUGUGGGUUGAUUUGGGGAUUUUGAAAGGUCAGGACAUGGAGGCAGAGUAUAUUGGAUGCUAUGAUGAUACUGGGUUUCUUGCGUAUAGGGAGCGCCCAGGGUUCACAGUCGAAGCCUGCCUUUAGCAUUGCAUGAGAAGGGCGGG